GUCCGCCUGGUUGAUCCAUGUGUCCACUUGAGCCUGUUGCGCGCCUGCUCUCCCACUGACAGUGUUUCAAGACUAAAAGCAAGACACGCUUGCGCGGUUGAGACAGAGACUACUCCUUGAAUCUUUGGCAAAUUUAUUUUCCUCUGUUUCCAGGGAAUUACAAACCUGCGAUCUCCAAUGAAGCAUCACCUCCUCUCGUUAAACAAUCCGUGAGAUUCAGUUGUUUUCAGCCAUGAGCUGCUUGGAUGUUAUGUAUCAAGUUUAUGGUCCACCGCAACCGUAUUUUGCAGCAGCGUAUAGUCCCUAUCAUCAUCAGAAACUAGCAUUUUACUCGAAGAUGCAAGAAGCGCAAGAAAGCAUCAGCGGAAGCAGUUCGUUCUCAAGCCACUCUGGGCCAACAAUCAAGGAAGAGGACUGCGCGCGCGAGAAGGAUCUCCCUCCUGAAGCCGAGUACAUCAACUCUCGUUGCGUGCUCUUCACUUACUUCCAGGGAGACAUCAGCUCGGUCGUAGACGAACAUUUCAGCCGCGCACUCAGCCAGCCCAGCAGUUACGUCCCAAGUUCCGCCAGUAACAAGUCUGCACGAGGUACUUCUUGGAGAGAUGGAUCGUUCCCGAUGAGCCAGAGGAGUUUCCCGCCCUCGUUCUGGAACAGCGCGUACCAGCCGUCCGUCACGGCCUCCCUGAGCAGCAGCCUGAGCAGCGCCCUGGGGGCCCCCCACUCAGAGCUCCCCUUCAGCGCCGACCCCUACUCCACCGCCUCCCUGCACGGCCACCUCCACCAGGCCCCCCCGGAGCCCUGGCACCCCGCGCACCACCACCACCACCACCACCACCACCCCUACUCGCUGGGCGGGGCCAUCGGCGCCCAGGGCUCCGCCUACCCCCGGCCCGGCGUGCACGAGGUCUACGGCACGCACUUCGACCCGCGCUACGGCUCGCUGCUGGUGCCCUCGGUCCGGCCGCACCGGCUCACCCCGGCCGCCGUGCCCACGCCGGGCACGCCGCAGUGUGACAUCAGCAAGGCGGAGCCCGCCAGCUCGGCCUGGACGGGGGCCUUCACGGGGGCGGGCUCCGACAUGGCCCAGGGCCUCAGCCUAAACGUGGACGCAGGACUGCAGGCCCAGGAUAAGAGCAAGGACUUGUACUGGUUUUAGAAAUCUGCUGCCCCUUCUGCCCCUUCCCGCCCUUGGCUGGCCUCUGCCUGUGUUUCUCUGCCUCGUAGACACUGACAGACACUUUCUGUAACAGAUUCUGAUCUCGCUUGCAGCUCGACGCUACACCCUGUGUGGCGGAACCAUCCUGAGCUGAAAUUCCGCCUCCUCUGGACACCCUCCGCUAGACCCCCCUCACCCUGGAUAGCGGGACGGAUAAGAGAACUGGGUCUCUCUCCGGCCGGACAGAGCGAGAGAAAAAGAGUGAGCGAGGGAGAAAGAGAGAGAGAGAGAGAGACAGAGAGCAAAGGGAAGAUACUAUGGGACUCAAAAGAAGGGCUUUUUUGGGGACUCGUGGUGGCGUUACUGACGGCUGAUUCCUUCGCUGUUUGUCUGUGUGAGCUGAGAACUCUUCGGCCUUCAGCCUUUCCAGAAAAAGACUUGUUAUGAGAAAAGAAAAGAUCGCCCUGGCCCCUACCCCCCCACCCUCCCCACCCGCCAACACACACGUAAAAAAGACCUUAGACUAUUUUCAUGUGAAAAUGAUGUUGAGACCUGCAAGGAGUCCACGGUCAGUAACUGAAGUUUUGAAUCUCAACUUCAGUCUUUGUUGUUUUUUUUGUUUUUGUUUUUCAGAGCUGCAGGGUUUUAUUUUAUUUUUUUAUUUAUUUUUUUUUAAAAGGAACUGAUAAUUGAUUGUCUUGAUAGAUGAGUCUUUUCUAUCGUGACUGAAGUGAGCACGGGGCUAUUUGAAGCCUCUUGACUCUAUAUUGCUCCCUCGCAGCUGUCACUGACAACUGUUCUCGAACUCAACAGACUCACAGUCACGGUGUUACCGCACUGAGUCUGACCAAACAAGUGCUCCGAACUUCAUACAAGGAGCAUUUUGUCAAAUCUGGACCCCCACCUUCGGAGAACAACUGCUCUGUACAGCCGGGGGGGUGGGGGUUUGGGGGGGGAGGAACAGAAAAGACUAACAGUGGACCCGCAAUCCCCGCCUAGCUCCCUGGCUGUGUGUGUGCGUGUGUGUGUGUGUUUGUGUGUGUCUGCCUGUAAGCGAUCUUCUCCCCCC